ACUUAGUGGCAGCAAAAUAAUUAUAGGCCAUUAAGUACCUUUAUCAUUUCUGAACGUGGUAGAACUAAUGAAAUGUUUGUUUGAAAGUUGUUGUAAAGUUUUAUAUGAAAACUUCUUCCACUCUAGCCCCUAUAUGAAUGCAGCCUAGCCCUUAGCCUAGCAUUUUGGAUCAAUAGAAGAAACCGUAGCGUUCUCCUUUAUAAUGUCUGAACUGCAGACAUCUUUUGAGCUUCCCGUGUUAGAUUUGUCUCAACUUGUUGAUAUUUCCUCCCUAUCUUCAGUUUAUAAAGCCUGUCAAGAGUGGGGCUUCUUUUCUGUCACUAACCAUGGUAUCUCAAGAAAUUUGUUUGAUGAAGUUUGUUCACACUCAAAGCAAAUCUUUACCCUUCCUUUGGAUUUCAAACUCAAACUUGGCCCAUCAUCAUGCUUGAAGACCUAUACUCCUCAAUUCAUAGCCUCUCCUUAUUUUGAAAGCUUGCGAGUGUCUGGACCAGAUUUCUUUGCAUCCUCUAAGAGUUCUGCUGACAAACUCUUUAGUCAAGAAAGUUGUAAAUUUAGUGAGAUAUUACAGGAGUAUGGAAACAAAAUGGUGGAGUUGUCGAAGAGAAUCAUAAAUGUCGUAUUAAUGAGCUUGGGUGAUGGUUAUGACAGGAAGUUUUAUGAAAUGGAAUUCAGCAACUGUAAUGGGUAUUUGAGGAUUGUAAAUUAUUCACCACCAAAGAAUGUGGAAGAAAUGGAGGUUGAAGGACUUGGAAUGCACACUGAUAUGAGUUGCAUAACGAUACUCUAUCAGGAUGAGAUUGGCGGACUGCAAAUGAGAUCUAAGGAAGGGGAAUGGAUGGAUAUACGACCACGUGAGAAUGCUCUUGUGGUUAAUAUUGGAGAUUUGAUGCAGGCUUGGAGCAAUGGUCGGUUAAGAUCAUCAGAACACCGUGUUAUUUUAAAGCGACUUGUGAAUCGUCUUUCUCUUGCUUUCUUUUGGUGUUUUGAGGAUGAUAAGGUGAUCUCAGCACCAGAAGACAUUGUAGGAAAAGAAAGCUUAAGGUUGUACAAGCCAUUUGUUUGCUUGGAUUAUCUGAAAUUUAGAGAGAAUAACGAGGAAGGUAAGUUCGAUAAAAUAGGGUAUACUGUGAAUGAUUUCGCAGGUGUGAAACUUUCAACUGGAGUGCUGUAAGACAAGAAAUAGAUGAUACUUUAGGGUUAACAUUUUAGUGGGAGCUUGAAAGCUGAAUAAGUAAAGAGAUUAGAUUUUGUAACAGGGUUUGGUUUUUCUUUAUUGGUAAUGUUUGAGUGUCUUGGUUCCAUGGGAGUCAAAGUGAAACUGAGGAGAUAAUUUCUAGGUUCAAAUGUGAUAGGUAGGACAUGAAUCAUCUUCCGAGUUGGAUGUGACAGGUUAGGUUGGGCAUGGAUGUUGAUCGAAAUAGAAUAUAUAUGGUUGGUUUGGUUGUUGGGUUUCUACUUGAUCUAUAAAGGGAAGAAAUCUCCACAACUGUUGCUGAAAUUGAAAUAUUGUAUUUGCUUUCCUUUGUUUUAUUUACUUGUUUCGUCUGUACUAUAUCUGCUUUGCUUUGACAUUGUCUUUUAUCAAAUUUCCUACUCUUGAAGGGUCUGUCUAUUGUCCACUACUAUUAGUAGGACUUAGGGGUUUUGAUGUAAUAAUGUUUUGCUUUGGUGGUAAUUGGACUAAUAAUAUAAUAAUUGAGUGUUUCGUCUA